CGUUGCGGAACAACACACAGGACACAAACUCACUUUCUCUGAUUCUGGGCGUAUAUUUGAGAGAAAGUAAUCUGUUUUCCGUCCAUCUUUAUUAUUUUGAAUGAAAUAGAAAACGUUUAUUUGCGCGAUAUAUAAAGCUGGUAAUAAUAGAGCAUUGCGGUGGGGUUAAAAAGGCAGGCGACAGGCGCUUCACUGAGUGAUUUGUUCCUUGGCUCAGGCGUUAUAUAUGGAGAGAGGGAGUGCACAUUUCAGAGAUCGCUUUCUGAUAGCGAGUGUGGAUUGAAUGGAACUGCGGAAUUGAGACGGGAGGCAUUAUUCUUGAUUCUAUAUGAAGAAUGAUACACAAAUCCAACGGGAAAAAUACCACUAAUUUUUAAAAUCUCUAAUUGAAAGGGGUUGAUUUAUAACGCAUGUGGAUGACAUAGCCUACCUAAAUGGUGCAUUAGUAUACAUAUCAACUUGCCACGCAAUUGGUUAACUUGUCUAGUCUUAGUCUUACAGUUUAUUGUAACAUCGAAAGAAAUUGGAUAAUUAAUCUUGGCACGAUUCAAAUAAAUCAAAUGUAUUAGGUCAAAUAAUGGGAAUUUAGCACCACUCUAACCAGUCUUAGUACUUCACACGAUUAGGCAUUUAUUUUUCCUCUAUUGGAAACUAAAUUUAAAUAUUUGGAAUUUUGAAGAAAUGGCAAUCAACACAGACACUGAAUUCGAGAAAUCUAACCUGGGAAAGAGCGGCGGCGCGCCCGCCAACGAGUCUCAGGAGACCGAGAAACUUCUCAACCUCGUAACCACGGAGCCUGCUGGCGGCAACGGUAUGAAAAUGUCCUCCUCCUUUACCAUCAACGUGGGGAGCGAAAAUAACCUGGAUGCGGACCAGAACGGUCACAGUGUACCCUUUAGGUCGGGCUCUGCGGGGCACCUGACCGCUGCCCCCCCCUCCCCGUCCCGGGUCAGUUUGAGUCGCAGUCGCACCUCUUCCAUCGGGAACGCCGCGGUCCAAGAGGCGCAAAAGCCCAAAGACUAUCUCAUACUGGUCAUAUUGUCCUGUUUCUGCCCUUUCUGGCCCGUCAGCAUUGUUGCUUUGGCAUAUUCAAUUAUGUCCAGAAACAGCCUGCAGUCGGGAGACAUGGACGGAGCUAAGAGACUGGGUAAACUGGCUCGCCUCCUCAGUGUUGUUUCCAUAAUCCUGGGUAUACUCACCAUAGUCGUCUGUGUAACGGUCUCUGUAACCAAGUGACCAGUGUAUAGACCAUGAAACAAGAGCACUGCUGCAAGCCAAGCAGAGGAUGCUGCAUGGGAAAAAAAAUCAACUGCGUUAAUUUGGAGAUUAAAAAUAAGGCAAACAAUUAAGAAGUUUAAAGAGUAGGACAUACAGUAGCAAAUGAAUGCAACACAGAAGAUCCAGAUAUGCAUGCAUUAGAUUCCACUAACAUUAGCUUGAUGAAGAAAAAUAAAAUCCUUCAUAUAAAAAGUGUAUUUUAACAGAACAUGGGAUGGUUGACUUAAGGUUUGAGGAACUCGCUACUCUCAUUCGACUCUCUGUGGAGUAAAAAAAUACUCUUAAAAUUAAGGAGAGAGGGAUGAACAGAGGAAUGAAGUGAUAAACUUUUCUGUAUCAAGAAUGGAAGGAGACCUUGAAAAUGAACUCCAAGCUUUGGACUACAAACAUCAAGACAGUUGAAUAAUAAUCUGAAAAUAUACUUGGUUGACCUGACCUCCUGGUUUGAAAGCAUAUACAACUAUACAGAUAUAGAAAUAAAUAUAGAUGAAUAUAUCCAUUUACAUUUGAUAAAAGUUGUGUAUGUUGGGCUGAGCUGCGAUGAUUGAGACUGUUAAGUUAAGAUGGCUGCCUGACCGGCAGUGGCUGUAAGCCUGGUAUAGGUUGCCGAAGAAUGUAAUAUUUGAAGGUACACAAUUCAGAGAUGUUUUUGAAUUUAUGUUGUUUAUUUUGUAGAUUUUUUACAAAAACAAAAAAAAGAGACCACUUGACUGUAGAUAGCCAACCUUUUCCAUUUAGUUUGUGAAUUCAUAUUUAUUUGUCUUGUGUUUUUACUUUGGGAUCAAACAUGCCAGGUGCUUAGAGACGAGAGUGAGUUGUACAAAAAUGAGUGUUUCAGACCCGUGUGGGUUGAAACAGAAUACCCCCCCCCCCUUUCCCCUGCCUUGCUGUGGGAGGGGUCUGACUAUAUCAAUGUGCAUGCCUAUCCUCCCCAUCCCUCCAAUCCCUCUCCAAACAUCCAUGCCAGAGCAUGGGCAUAAGUCUGAGGAUAUGCAAUUUGUCAGACCAAUCAAUCACUCUCCACUGACCCCCUAACUCCCCCUCCAAAAUACAACCCACCCUACUCCAGUACCUUGUCUCAUUACCUGGGACUGUUAACAAAGCUUGUUUGACUGAAUGCAUUUUGUAGUACGACAGAGACCAACAUAAAUCCUUGACCUAUUGCCACCCUGCUGUAUCAGUAUGACAUGUAUUUAUAUGAAGAAUAUAUAUAUAUAUGCAAUAUUAUAUAGGCAUGCUUAGGACUAUAAACAGUACCCAGGUUUUUGGACGCCACUGUAAGGACCUGCUGUAAUGUUAAAGGAACAUUGUUUUGAGGUUUGAUUGAUUAGCAGCAGUUCUCUCUGUACAUGUACUGUAACACACCAAUCUGUCUGUAUUCAAAUGUGCCACUAUGCCAUCUGGAAUAAGUCAGUGUUCAGAUUCAACUACGGAAACACAACAAAGGACUGUUACAUUGACACACUUCAGAUGUUUACUACAAGGUCAUGACACCUCUUAUAAAACCUUCAUAACACCCUUGUUUGUACUUAUAUCCAUGUUUGUAUUACUACUCAUAACAUUCUCCUGAACUCCAAUUAGAUUUCAAUACUUUAAGUUGGCCAAUGGUUCUUGAUUCCGCUGCUUGUAUUAUCAAGAGCUUGUGUAGGUGUUAGCUGCACAAAUGAGACCAAAGAGAGAAUUACAUGAUAAUGAGUUGAUUGCAUUUAUUUAGCCUGAAUUUAAAAGCUUCAAAGAGAUCUAAAAUGAUUGAUAAAGAACCUGUAAUUGGUGAAAUAGGUCAUCAUAACAUUUGAGAUCUCCUUUAGAGGAUUCAAACUACGAACAACUAUUGGUUCAUUCCUUGCUGAACCCCCUCCCCCCAAUAAUGCCCCUGUCUAAGCAGGCAAAACACUAGAUCACUCCAGAUCCAACCCAAAGGGAGCAUUGACAAACCAUUUCGAAUCAGAAAGUCACAGCAUUUAAACCUGAAAUCUUGACAAUGUUACAUUUUUUGGCAUCUGUACUGUAUUUCUAGAAACAAAUAGAAAUAGGACCACAGCUAUUGAAUGACUCAACAUGGUCAUGAUGUUUAAAGGCACUGAACUACAGUACAUCUAUGGGUGUGAUAAAACUUGCUGCCCUUUUGGUUAUACAAGUCACAUUGCACAGUAGGAAGCUACUGUAGCCACAUCGUGCUUCACUAGACAGAUGGGCUGAAGAGACAUCCCUGUCUAAAGAGCUCUAAUGCUCGUCUUUGGGCAACAGGCACACCUCAGUCUGGAAACUUCUCACACACUCCUAAAGUGCUUUUAGAAACCUGACUUUGGGGAGAACGUAGAUGGGUGCUCUAUGUCAUACAGUAAGUGCAAAUGGCAGAGAGAGAGCGAGAGAGACCCCAAACCAGCAGGGGAAAUUCAGUGACUCAGUCUGCCAUUGAAGACACAAAAUUCAACUUAAGACACAUUUUUAUGGUAAUCACAUGAAAUAGUUCCCACUCACCUUCCGCACUGUUCUAUCACAUUCUCUGACCGUCUUUCUGCUGCGAGAUGCAUACGUGCCGUUCUGUGUCAGUAAAACAGUGACUUUCAAAAUCAUGUCUAUUUUUUUUAUGUCCAGAUUUUUUCCCCUUUUGAAUAACAUAUGCUGGUUUCAGUCUCUGUUGUGAACUUUCUGCAUGUCUGGAAUAAACGUUACCAUGCAUGGUC